AUGUCUCCGAGACCUAAUUUAUCGCCAUUUGGGUGGCUUGUAGCUUUCCUGAUGUAUGCCGUACAAGCGUUGGUCCUUAUGAAGUUUUUGGUAGAGCACACUGGCAACAGAUGGUAUUGGAUUGGUCUCGCGUUUUACGUAAUUCUCGUUUUUGUGGUCAUUGGCGUUGCAGGUGACCUCAACGGCUGUGCAAGAAAAGACGAAGAGACAGCGACACUGUCGUUUUUUGGUUUCUCUCAAUCGUUAUCGGUCUUUCAAGUUUAUUCCAAAGACGCCGACAGCUAA